UCUAUUUCUCAAGUUAAAAUGCAACAAUGGAUUUGUGUCCUAAAUCAAGCAAUUACCUUCUAGGUAUUUUCUUUUCUAUUAUUCUGUCAUUGACAAGGCUUGGAGAAUGCACAAACACCAUACAAUACUCUGCAAUAACCUGUCGGAAACACACCGCAGUUUUAACAGAUUUUGGAGGAGUUGGUGAUGGUAAAACAUCAAAUACAAAGGCUUUCCAUUCAGCAAUUGCUAAUCUAAGCCAGUAUGCAUCAGAUGGAGGAGCGCAGCUAAUUGUACCACCAGGAAAAUGGCUAACUGGGGCUUUUAAUGUCACUAGUCAUUUCACUCUUUAUCUCCAAAAGGAUGCAAUUCUUCUUGCUUCUCAGGAUGAAGCAGAAUGGCCAGUUCUCGCUCCAUUGCCUUCUUAUGGGAGAGGAAGAGAUGGACCUGGUGGAAGGUUUAGCAGUUUCAUUUUUGGUACAAACCUCACGGAUGUGGUGAUUACAGGUAAUAAUGGCACAAUCGAUGGACAAGGUGCAACUUGGUGGACCAAGUUCCGUAGUGGUCUACUGAAGAUUACCAGGCCAUAUCUCAUUGAGUUUUUAUACUCUGAUCAGAUUCAAAUAUCCAAUCUUACAUUAAUCAACUCUCCUUCUUGGAAUGUUCAUCCCACAUAUUCCAGUAAUGUGCUGAUCCAAUGGUUGACUAUUCUUGCACCAGUUGACUCCCCCAACACAGAUGGAAUCGAUCCAGACUCGUGCACGAAUACUCGAAUCGAAGAUUGUUACAUUGUGUCAGGAGAUGAUUGUAUUGCAGUUAAAAGUGGGUGGGAUCAGUACGGAAUAAAAUUUGGAGUGCCAACAAGGCAACUGAUCAUAAGAAGGUUGACCUGCAUUUCCCCGGAUAGUGCUACAAUUGCUCUUGGCAGCGAAAUGUCAGGCGGAAUCCAGGACGUUAGAGCUGAAGAUAUUACAGCAAUCAACACACAGUCUGGUGUCAGAAUAAAAACUGCAAUUGGAAGAGGAGGCUUUGUAAAAGACGUUUUUGUCAGAAAAAUGAACUUUCAGACUAUGAAGUAUGUUUUCUGGAUGACUGGAUCCUAUGGCUCACACCCUGACGAAGGAUAUGAUCCAAAAGCAUUGCCUAAUAUUACUCAAAUAAAUUACAACGACGUUGUGGCUAAGAACGUGACUUAUACAGCUAGACUCGACGGAAUAAAAAAUGAUCCUUUUACCGGAAUUUGUAUUUCUAAUGCAGAUAUUACAUUGACAGAAAAACCGAAGAAACUACAAUGGAACUGCACUGACAUUGCAGGAGUUACAAGCAAUGUGACGACUAAAGCGUGUGAUUUGUUGCCCGAGAAAAAGAUCGACUGUCCUUUUCCUAAAGAUACUCUUCCAAUUGACAAUAUUAAGCUUCAAACAUGCUCUCUGCCUUCAAGCAAAUUGCUAGAUUUAUAGAUUACAUGUUAAUUGUUCUUCUUCAAAGAAAUAAAUGAAAUGGGUUUAAUUUGGAUUAUUUUA